AUGUACCGUUUGUCCAUAUUUGUCUCUCAUUCCGUAGCCAUAUCCGUCGAAACCAACAGGGGCCUCAAGGCUGGCUUCUCUUCUAGCAAUUCCAAACCUCACAUUGCUCUCUCCGUCGUUGGAUUUGAUUAUCCUAAAUUCGAUAUACCAGCUGCCUUCUCUGAUCACCACGUUAGUGCGCACACUUCUCCAUCCUUGGGGAGUGGUAGCCACGGUGACUCCCCCAUUAACCAGAAUUCCGGGAGACUUGUCAAAAUGCUCCGUCAAGUAAGCUCCAAAUACAACAUCUUCACCAGUAUAGGGCUGAAAGAGCGGAAAUCUGUGGCUGGAGGCGUUUUGGCUAAUACGGUCGCUGCCCUGAAGGACAAUCUGACUACGCGAGACGCCCCAACGACAUGUUCCUCUAAGAUUCUUCAAGACUAUGUUUCCCCGUUUGAUUCGACAGUCGCGCGGCUUUUAACGAAAGAAAGCACUCACAUUGUUGGUAAAACGAACAUGGACGAGUUUGGAAUGGGAAAUUCGUCGCUCAACUCGAAUUUGGGUCCGACUUUGAACCCUCUUUACAGACAAUCCACAGAUAUCGUUGAGUACGAGGAAAAAACGUUCUGGACCAAAGGCAACGAUAUCAACGAACACACAGUUUUCGAGAACCCACAGUCGCCACAGUAUACAGAACAUCGGUACUUGGUUCCACGCUUGAAAGACAGUUACCAGAUCGACCCGGAAAUGCGAAUUGUUGGUGGAUCGUCAGGUGGUUCUGCUGCUGCAGUUGCGGCCGAUCUAGUCGACUUCGCCAUUGGCACAGACACCGGAGGAUCUGUGAGACUCCCCUCGUGUUACACCUCGAUCUAUGGGUACAAGCCGUCGUACGGAAGAAUAUCCAGGUGGGGUCUUGUGUCGUACGCUCAGUCCUUGGACACUGUCGGUAUCAUGUCCAAGAACCUAGACAUUUUGAGCAAUGUUUUCAAAGUGCUCGACCACCAUGAUAGCUCUGAUCCAACUUCGAUCAGCGAGACCCAGCGCAGCCGUAACGAGACUCUUGGAGCCAAGAUAAAACUUGGUGUUCCUUUGGAAAUGAACUUACCAGGCCUCGAUGCUACAAUCAAGGAGAAAUGGCACUCUUUGCUCCAGAAACUCCAGGAAAGUGACAAUAUCGAGCUCCACACUGUCUCUAUCCCGUCCCUGGUCAGCUGUCUACCGGCCUACUACACAUUGGUCACAUCUGAGGCAUCCUCCAACUUGGCGCGCUUUGACGGUAUCAGAUAUGGGUUCCGGAGCAACGAGCAGACCAGCCAAGAGCCUGAGUUCACCACCACGCGAUCCAACGGGUUCGGGUCGGAGGUGAAACGACGCAUCAUUCUUGGUUCGUACUCGCUAUCGUCAUACGGCUACAGCAGCCAUUUCAUGAACGCCAACGGCGUACGCAAGACGCUGAUCAACGAGCUCAACAAUGUCUUCAAAGACCCACACAUGCUGGAUGGGGCGGCUAACCCUGAAGGAGUCGACUUUCUUCUGUGUCCAACAGCGACAUCUCUGCCCCCAUUAGUGUCGGAAUACCAAUCCAUCAAGCCUGUGGAGUCGUACAUGAACGACGUUUUGACGGUUCCAUUCUCAUUGGCGGGGUUGCCUGUGCUGAACAUCCCGUACGGCAAGUCAAUUGGGUUCCAGCUGGCGGGCCAAAUGGGCCAGGACUAUAAGGUGCUGAAAUUCGCACAAUUGAUGCAACAACUAGAUCGUAAGAACUGGACAACUGUCGCAAAGAACUCUCCAAAGAGCCCCAAGAUGCCAAAACUCUCCACAAUGAAGCCCCAGAACGAGUAUUUCAUCAGUAUGAGGAACACUCCAAACAGGAAACAGAUGGACCCUCUCAAUUUCUGUGGUCUCGUGAAAAAAUACACGGUUUUCUGGGGUCCAAUAAUGAGAACUAACCCAAUCACGAAAAGUAGGUUGCUCAUUGCCAGAAGAGCCGAGUCAAAGAAGGUCAACACCCCCAAGAAGAAUAGCAGCACACCGCCUGCCGUAAAUCCAACACCGAAUUCUAAGGGUCAGCAUUUAAAAUAA